CUGAACAGUGAACCUCAAACCGCUGAAGACAAACCCUUACUGACUGGAUUAUUACUUAACUAACACUUAAACGGAUUUUAUCUGGAAACCAAGCUGCCUUUGGCCAUCACAACUGAAUUCUCAUGGCGUCAAGCGAACUUAGUCUAAUUCUCAACAACGCAAAUGCCAACCUGUACCCAUCUGAACCGCAGCCCAACUUGUUGAGCAUGACAGCGCCAAUGGGCAGACUCUCAGAGAUGACCUUCAGCAGUAACAACAACAGCACAAUGGGCCCUUGGGACCUGGUGAACCCACAGAUGUGGACCGGGCAGAACGUUCUGGAGUGGAUCGGCUUUCACGUGGAGGAGAGCAGGUUUGAUGCCAGCCUGCUGAAUAUGAACUACUGCGACAUGGACGGGAUCACACUGUGCACAAUGUCAAAAGAAACUUUGAUGAGCAUGUUCGGAUCGACGCUUGGUGAACAGCUUCACCACAGUCUGGAGACACUAAAGGCCAGAUAUGCUACUGACCUGUCUGAGACAUGCCUGAGUGAAUCCGAAUUAGACUUACUGGACAACAUACUGCAGAACUCAUUUCCCUACAUGCAUGGACCGAGCCUCGGUCCACUUCUGGAAACGGUGGUGGUCCAGCCCUCAAUCCCAUCAGACAAUUCUGAGAACAGCUACAGCUACUUUGAUGAGUGCACCAACCAGCUGACUCCAGAGAGCGACCACGGCUACGACUCUCUAACUGAGAGCUUUCAGAGUUCCCACACUGGUAGCUUCCUGAACCCAAGCUCACCCGAGUCCAACAGCAGCGACUCCGACCCAGAAUACUCAGAGAUGCAUUACUCCACCAGCACUAAGAACUUUGUGAAGCAAGAGUCAGUAGAGACAAAGAAGAGAGGUAGAGGACGACCCCCAAAGCCCAGGGAUAGUGAGGGAUAUGAGCACUUCAUUCAGCCCAAAAAAAGCAAACACGCUCCAAGAGGAACCCACCUGUGGGAGUUUAUCCGGGACAUCCUGAUCCAUCCGGAGCAGAACCAAGGUCUGAUGAAAUGGGAGGACCGCAGGGGUGGCAUCUUCAAAUUCUUGAAGUCCGAAGCUGUUGCUCAGCUCUGGGGGCAGGCAGACUCGUCUACAAGUUCGGGAAGAACUCCACCGGUUGGAGAAUGGAGGAGACCGGAUAUUGAAGUGGACCUGUCAGUCAAACCUAGAGACUUUGUACUCCUGCAAAUGAGGAACUUUAGGCUGCUCUGAAGAUCCUCUCUUUAGAAACACGCUCUUCCCGGAGGGAAAAGGUUUCACAGAAACUGUAAGCCAGAGUUUUGGCUAAAGUAGGUUUUAUGAACCGGUAAAAGUUGUGCAUGUCUGGUUCGAGCGGCACGCGGGCGUGGCCUGGAUCAGAUAGCAUUGCUACAUCACUUAAAGACUCUAUGUAAACACUUGUUCUACACAAUGGUUGAACUGUUAGUGAAUGUAAAGCUUUUUAAAGGCUCUCUGGUUUUGGGAAUUGAAGUUUCUUGUGUAGGUAUUUAUCAAACUAUUUGUCAGAGCAGACUAACAGAAGAACACGUCGAACACGUCGUCUGUAACGUUCAUAUCUGCUGUGCUGAUUGAUAUUUGUUCUACUGUAUAUAAAUGUAUGUAUAAACUAUAUAUUCUUUGUAAUACUUGUCAAUCAAGUACAAAUCAGAUAUAUCAAUUUCUCUGUGAUUUGUCAAAUCACUGGAUAAUGUGUAUGAGGUUUGCCUCUCAGAUGUUAUAACUAUUAUGUAUGGCAUUUAUUUGCAGUUUUUUUUGUAUAAGCCUUUUCUAAAAUAAAAUUUCUGAUUAAAA